CAAAGACCGCAUCGAACGUUUUUUGUCCGUGCUCUAGUUUUCUGCAGUUAUAAUCAUAAUUUGUAACGUUUCUAUCUGUUUUUAAUGUAUGCCAAACGUAAGGAUUUUCCAAAAACUGGUGGACCAUCAGGGGCCCAAAAAAAAUUCCGAAGCGGAGAUGACGAUGAGGAUGAAUUCGAAAGCCAUUUCGAGGCCGAACUGGCCAAUAUGGAGGGAGAGGAUGUGCUGGAACAGGCGCAUCUGAUCGGCCAGGGACCAGAAGUGGUAAACACCUGCGCGAAGUGGAGCCGACCAAAACCCCGCGAAUAUGAUCCGAAUCAGGACGUCCUGGUAUUUCAGCAAAUAGAUAUUGAACAUUAUGUUGGCCAACCAUUGCCAGGAAUGCCUGGAGCACAAAUCGGUCCUGUCCCCGUAAUGCGUAUGUUUGGAAUUACCGAGGAAGGAAAUUCGGUAUGUGCUCAUGUCCACGGAUUUACUCCGUACUUGUAUGUGGCGGCCCCACGCGGGUUCAAUAAAUCACAUUUGGCAGAGUUUCGAGCCGCACUCGAUAAAUCGGUACUAAAUGAUAUGCGCUCUAAUAAGGACAAUGUUCAGGAAGCGGUGUUGGAUGUCGAAUUAGUUCAGCGGCAGUCUAUUCUUGGAUAUAAUGGGGAGGAAAAGUUUACGUUUAUCAAAGUGACGGUGGCUUUGCCGAGAUUGUGUGCAGCUGUCAAGAGAUUGCUAGAGAAAGAACAGAUGAUGCCGUCCAUGGAUUUCCAGGAUUGUCGAGUUUAUGAAAGCAACAUAGAUUUCGACAUUCGAUUUAUGGUAGACACGGAUGUGGUUGGAUGCAGUUGGAUAGAAUUACCAGCAGGAAGUUGGCAGUUGCGAAAAAAAGGAAAACAUCCGAAUCCGGAAACUCGAUGUCAAAUCGAGGUGGACGUAGCUUACAAUAAGUUUGUAGCACACGCUCCAGAAGGAGAAUGGAGCAAGGUUGCACCGUUUCGUAUUCUUAGCUUUGAUAUUGAGUGCGCAGGAAGAAAAGGUAUUUUUCCAGAACCACAGCACGAUCCGGUGAUUCAGAUUGCCAAUAUGGUUAUUCGUCAGGGAGAACAAGAACCCUUUUUAAGAAAUGUUUUCACUUUGAAAGCUUGUGCCCCUAUAGUAGGAUCACAGGUUUUGAGUUAUGAUUCGGAACAAGAACUGCUAAAUAAAUGGGCCAGCUUUGUGCGUGAAUCGGACCCUGAUAUUCUAACUGGUUACAAUAUAAAUAAUUUUGAUAUUCCUUACCUGUUGAAUCGUGCAAAUCAUUUGAAGGUUAAAAAUUUCGAAUAUCUUGGCCGAGUUACAAACAUACGAUCAGUUAUUAAGGAAACCGUCAUCCAGUCCAAGCAAAUGGGUCGUAGAGAGAAUAAAUAUGUAAACUUUGAAGGUCGUGUUCCAUUUGAUCUGCUAUUUGUAUUACUUCGCGACUAUAAACUGAGAUCCUAUACACUGAACGCGGUCAGUUACCACUUUCUGCAGGAACAGAAAGAGGAUGUGCAUCACAGUAUUAUCACAGAUCUUCAAAACGAAAGUGAUCAAACUCGUCGUCGGUUGGCUAUGUAUUGCCUGAAGGAUGCAUAUUUACCCCUACGAUUGCUGAACAAAUUAAUGUGUAUUGUAAACUACAUGGAAAUGGCCCGUGUUACAGGUGUACCAUUAUCCUGUUUGCUCACCCGUGGUCAACAGAUCAAGGUGAUGAGUCAGUUGCUCAGAAAAUGUAAAGAGUGUGGUUAUCUAAUUCCUUCGUAUCACGGUUCAGGAUCGGAAGAGCAAUACGAAGGUGCUACGGUCAUUGAGCCGAAGCGUGGCUAUUACGCGGAUCCCAUUUCUACGUUGGAUUUUGCUUCCCUGUAUCCGAGUAUUAUGAUGGCCCAUAAUUUAUGCUACACCAGUCUGCUGCAGCCAGGAAAUAAAGAAAAGUUGGGGCUGACCGAUGAUCAAAUUACGCGCACGCCAGCCAAUAACAUGUUUGUAAAGUCGUCCGUUAGGAAAGGAAUUCUACCGGAGAUUCUGGAAUCAUUGCUCGCUGCCCGUAAGCGGGCUAAAGCUGAUCUAAAAGUUGAAACAGAUCCUUUUAAACGGUCCGUUCUCGAUGGUCGUCAGCUGGCGUUGAAAAUUUCCGCCAACUCGGUGUAUGGUUUCACAGGCGCUCAGGUUGGUAAGCUGCCGUGCUUAGAAAUAUCCGGAUCAGUAACGGCAUACGGUCGCACUAUGAUCGAGCAAACAAAGCAAGAAGUCGAGCAACGCUUCACGGUGGAAAAUGGGUACGAAAAUGAUGCUGUCGUUAUCUACGGCGAUACAGAUUCGGUCAUGGUAAAUUUCGGGGUCAAAUCUCUCGAACGAAGUAUGGAACUGGGCCGGGAAGCAGCCGAUUUUGUAAGCGCCAAAUUCGUCAAACCUAUCAAACUUGAGUUUGAAAAAGUUUACUACCCCUACUUGCUUAUUAAUAAAAAGCGUUAUGCCGGAUUGUAUUUUACUCGUCCAGACAAGUAUGAUAAAAUGGAUUGCAAGGGCAUCGAAACAGUGCGACGUGACAAUUCUCCGCUGGUAGCUAAUCUUAUGAAUUCCUGCCUGCAGAAACUGUUGAUCGAUCGCAAUCCGGAAGGAGCAGUGGAGCAUGCCAAACAAGUUAUAGCGGACCUGCUUUGUAAUCGGAUUGAUAUCUCACAUUUGGUGAUAACUAAGGAACUGGCUAAAACUGACUAUGCUGCAAAACAAGCUCAUGUUGAGUUGGCUAACAAAAUGAAAAAACGUGAUGCUGGUAGUGCCCCCAAAUUGGGCGAUCGAGUUCCUUAUGUUAUUAUAACUGCAGCCAAAAAUACGCCGGCCUACAUGAGAGCUGAAGAUCCGAUUUACGUGCUGGAAAACUGCGUUCCAAUCGAUGCCAAUUACUAUCUGGAGAAUCAACUUUCUAAGCCACUGCUUCGCAUUUUCGAGCCCAUUCUAGGCGAAAAGGCCGAAUCUAUUCUACUGCGAGGUGACCAUACGCGGACUCGUUCAGUGGCUACAUCUAAAGUCGGAGCUCUAGCGGCAUUCACCAAAAAGCGAGAUGCCUGUCUCGGAUGCAAAGCACUUCUUCCGACUGGUUACGAAGGACAGGCGCUUUGUCAGCACUGCAAGCCCAAGGAGGCAGUUCUGUACCAACACGAGUUGAGCGGUCAACGAGUGCUAGAGGAACGCUUCUGUCGCUUAUGGACUCAAUGUCAGCGCUGUCAGGGAUCGCUUCACGAAGAGGUCAUCUGUACCAGUCGAGAUUGUCCCAUUUUCUACAUGCGUACCAAGAUCAGGAUGGAGUUGGACACCCAACAAAAGCGAGUUAGUCGUUUCGGUGUACCAUCUUGGUAGUUCUUACAACUGCUUAAAUAUAAAUCGUUCUUAUUUUACUGAUA